GAUCUCGGUGGAGGAGUGUGUGUGAGUGUGAGUGUGUGAGAGGUGAAGGUGAAGUAGUAAAGUGCGGAGUCCGUCCCUCAUUUCCAUCUCAGUUGUUCCCACUGGAGCUCUGCCAAUCCAGAGGAUCGUUCCCUAUCAUAAUGAUAACUCCGCAUAACCGCAGAUCAAAGCGCGAGUUUCCCCGCUAGUUGGAGCAGAUUCUGCGGAUCUUCUGAUGAGUGUGAAUGAGGAAGAAUGUCCCGUCGGAAGCAAGCGAAGCCCCAGCACCUGCGGUCGGACGAGGAGCCCGGGUCGGUCCCGCUGCCGGGUCACGUCUCCGGUGAAGGAGUGGAGGAUUCAGACAGUGGAAAUGAGAGCCGCAGUGGGAGCGAAGAGACCCAUGUGUGUGAAAAGUGUUGCGCUGAGUUCUUUAAGUGGUCGGAUUUCUGUGAACAUCUGAAUACCUGUACCAAGAACCCGCUUGUGUUGAUUAUCAGUGAUAAUGAGGUGACUUCAGACCCAGCCCAGGACUACGUGCCUGAGCCAUCCCCGGUGCCCAGCAGCGAGCCGGCCGAGAGCGAGGACGAUCCCGGGGGAAGCCUCAUCCCACACGCUGAAGCCGAUGAAGGAGCAGACAUGAUGCUGGAUCCAGGGGCUGUCCUGGAGAAAGAAGACGAGCCCAUGGAAGUGGAACUGUCUCCUGAGAAACCCACAGAUUCUGAAGAUCAAGUUACACUGGCAGAGCCAGACAUAAGCCUACCUCAGCUUGAGGACCACACGCAGUCCUCCGGGGCGGGGUACUCUAUUCCCAGCACUAACGUCACGCUGGAAACCCUGCAUGGGACCCGUGUGGCGGUGGCCCAGUUCUCUCAGGGUGCCCGAGGAGCUCUAGCUGGUGAAGUGUCCACUAUGGCCAUCCCCAUGAUCCUGGACCAGCUCAUGGCCUUGCAGCAGCAACAGCUCCAUCAGCUUCAACUCAUAGAGCAGAUUCGGAGCCAGGUGGCGCUAAUAAACAAACAAGCCCCCACACAGACCACUGUCAACCAUCAAGUAGACCACAGCAUGAAUGCUGCCUUACAAGUAACCUCAUCCUCCAGCAUACCCACUAUGUCUGGGCAGCUUCAUUUACGUGGCUUCAUUACACCCCCUGUGCAUCAGCUUCCUAUCAAGGGACCCUCCAGUUUAAACGGACAGGUCUCAGCCUCAUUAUCUUCAGCUCUGGAGGGAGCCUGUUCCAGUGUCCCUCAGACAGGUGGCCAACUGGCGAGUUCUGGGAUGAAAAGCAAUAUCACAAUGAAUUCCUUGUAUCCAACAACCAGUAAUGUGGUUCCCUCUCAAAUGCCACCAUGCUCAGUGUCGAUUAGCAGCAGUGGCUGCACUAGUAGUAGCACGGGAACUGGGGGCGAAGUCAGUUGUUGUAUUUCACUACCAAGGAACACACCUAGUCCUUUAACGCUGACUCAUGGGAGAUUGCUAACAUCCCCCUCCAGCCUUCCCCUUGUACCUCACAGCUCGCCCAACAGUGUUAUCUUCCCUAAUCCUCUUGCCAGUAUUGCAGCAACAACAAAUGCUCUUGAUCCUCUUUCCGCCCUAAUGAAGCACCGCAAAGGAAAGCCCCCAAAUGUCUCUGUGUUUGACACCAAACCCAGUUCAGAAGAUCCCUUCUUCAAACACAAGUGCAGAUUUUGUGCUAAGGUGUUUGGAAGUGACAGUGCCCUGCAAAUUCACCUUCGUUCCCAUACUGGUGAAAGGCCUUUCAAAUGCAACAUUUGUGGUAAUCGCUUCUCUACAAAGGGUAACUUAAAGGUUCAUUUUCAGAGACACAAAGAAAAGUAUCCUCACAUCCAAAUGAACCCCUAUCCUGUUCCUGAGUAUUUGGACAAUGUUCCAACUAGCUCAGGUAUACCUUAUGGGAUGUCCUUUCCCCCAGAAAAACCUGUUACCACAUGGCUGGACAGCAAACCUGUUCUGUCUACAAUCCCAUCAUCGGUAGCACUGCAACUCCCUCCAACUAUACCCAGUAUUCUAGGAAACUAUGGGGAUUCAACUAGUUUCACCCCUUUAAGUCGGUCACCUCAAAGGCCAUCACCGCCAUCAAGUGAGUGCACAUCUUUGUCUCCUAAUCACCUCAUUGCUGAGGCCAGUAUUGCACAAAUCUCCAGUUCACCACAACCUAAUGUGGCGAGUGACACGCCUCCAGUUCUCAAGCCUGAAGCCUUUCGUCUACCACCCAACUCCCCCACCAGGCCUGGAGAAACCAGCAUAUCGAUUACUUCCAUGCCCCAAGUGAUUUCGACGACCACAGUUACAACCACAACCAGGACACAGAUCACAGACUCAACGAAUACUCCGUCUGCUGUCUCUCAUCCCUCACUACAAAUGAUGUCCAGUCAGUUUAAGCCCAAGUUUCCUUUUGGUGGCCUCCUGGACUCUAUGCAAACAUCAGAGACCUCAAAACUACAGCAACUGGUGGAAAAUAUUGAUAAGAAGAUGACAGACCCCAACCAAUGUGUUAUCUGUCAUCGUGUGCUCAGUUGUCAGAGUGCCCUGAAGAUGCACUAUCGCAUCCAUACAGGAGAAAGACCCUUUAAAUGUAAAAUAUGUGGUCGUGCUUUCACAACCAAGGGUAAUUUGAAAACACACUUUGGGGUUCACAGGUCAAAGCCCCCUCUCCGGGUACAGCACUCUUGCCCCAUAUGCCAGAAAAAGUUUACUAAUGCCGUAGUUUUGCAGCAACACAUCCGCAUGCAUAUGGGUGGACAGAUUCCCAACACACCCCUGCCUGAGAGUUUUCAGGACAUGGACACAGAUCUCUCCUUUGAUGAAAAGAGCUUAGACGCCAUGAGCAACUAUGAUGAUGAGCUACUUGACGAGAUGGACCAAGUAACGGAAGAUGAAACAUGUCUCAAAGAAGGGAAUGUGAACUCACCAAAACAACUCAAUUUAUACUCAGAUAUGUCUCCAAGCACCUCUCCCCCAACCUCUCUCAUCUCUAGCAUUGUUGCUUUGGAGAAUGAAAUGAAGCUGAGUGACCCAACAGUUAACGUAACCCAUUCCUUCAGCCAUAAGCCUCCAGAAAACGGGAGUGAAAUUGAUGGGGAAAAUGGAGACAUGUUUAAGAAUGACUCAUCUUCCACUAUGGGAGACUUGGAGAACCAGAGUGUUGGGAGUCCAGCACAGUCUGAAUCCUCUGGCUCUAUGCAGGCUCUGUCUCCUACCUACAGCCAGCCGGAGAGCCAUCGCUUCGAGCCAUCUAGAGUCGAGUCCCCUCCUCAGGCAAAUAGUAGCAAGGACGAGGCUCUGCAUGCUGCUUCAGCGAGUGCAACGGUGAAGUCUGAGCAGUCAGACACCCCUUCUCCUGGAGCGGAGAACACAGGCGCAUUAGAUCUCACUGCCACACAGCCCAACAGGCCAUUCGUCAAAGAUGAGAAUCACUUCAGUCUGCUGUUCCUGGGAAGAGACAGAGGUUUAAACACUCCGAGUAUUAUGAGCUCAGAAUCAAGCACAGUGAAAUAUGAGAAUGGACACAGCAAACCACCGGCCUUGUGUGAGGGACCCCACUUACCAGUUGGCCCCCAGGUUCCUACCGCAACCCCUCACACAACAUUAAGCCCCAACCUGGCUCCGAUGCUGGCUCCGCCCCCACCCCGGCGGACCCCCAAACAACACAACUGCCACUCCUGUGGGAAGAACUUCUCGUCCGCCAGCGCUCUUCAGAUCCACGAGCGCACUCACACUGGAGAAAAGCCCUUCGGCUGCUCCAUCUGUGGCAGAGCCUUCACCACAAAGGGAAAUCUGAAGGUCCACAUGGGAACCCACAUGUGGAACAACGCCCCGGCCCGGCGGGGGAGACGGCUCUCCGUGGAGAACCCAAUGGCUCUUCUAGGGGGAGAUGCCAUAAAGUUCAGCGAGAUGUUUCAGAAGGACCUCACCGCUCGAGCAAUCAACGUAGACCCGGGCUUCUGGAAUCAGUAUGCUGUAGCCAUCACCAAUGGCCUGGCAAUGAAAAACAAUGAGAUCUCUGUCAUUCAGAAUGGAGGCAUUCCUCCGAUUCCCAUUAGCCUGAGUGGCGGAGGCAUUCCUGCUGUGGGAGGCCUGUCCGGCGGGAUGGAGAGGUCUCACACUGGGAGCAGUUCUCCCGGGAACACACUCGACAAGACCAGCCUGGAAGUGGGAGCCGGACACCCCUUCUCCAGAUUCAGGGAAAAGGACAAAGAAAUUGGGAUUAAUUGAUGAUGCACAUUUAGAAAAGGAUACUGACAAAAAGACUUAACCCAGUUUGAGUUCUGUAUUAUAUUGUACAAAUGACGUCUGAUAUGCUGUUUAGAUAUUUAGUGUUCUUCAGUCCUACUGUACAUUGAUUCAUGCAAAGAAAACAUGUGUCUCGUUUGAAAAACGUUUGUCUUGAAAGGUCUGCAUGGUACUUACUGGUUUCUGUCAG